GUGGACCUGUGGCAGCCCAGCAGCCCCUUCCACAUCGUUGAAGGUAUGGUCACCGACGUGCGAGUACCCCAGAACACAUCCCGAAGUCUGCUGCCCUACCUCCAGCAAGCAAACAUCCAGUACACGAUUCUCAUAUCAGACCUACAGAAAGCAAUAGAAAACCAAACUGGGCUGAGGUCAUAUAGGAAUCGAAGGUCCGUCUCUGGGUAUAACUACGAAGUGUAUCACUCCCUGGAAGAAAUCCAGGCUUGGAUGCAUCAUCUGAAUAAAACUCAUUCAGAUCUUGUUCACAUGUUCUCUGUUGGAACAUCCUAUGAAGGGAGACCACUGUUUGUACUCAAGUUAGGUAAAAGAUCACGGCCCUACAAGAAAGCUGUCUGGAUAGACUGUGGGAUACAUGCAAGAGAGUGGAUUGGCCCUGCCUUUUGCCAGUGGUUUGUGAAAGAAGCUCUUCAGACAUACCAGACUGAUCCUGCCAUGAGAAAGAUGCUAACUCAGCUGUAUUUCUAUAUCAUGCCUGUAUUUAAUGUGGAUGGAUAUCAUUUUAGCUGGACAAAUGAUCGAUUUUGGAGAAAAACAAGAUCAAAGAACACAAGGUUUCCCUGUCAUGGUGUUGAUGCUAAUCGCAACUGGAAAGUGAAAUGGUGCGAUGAAGGUGCUUCAUUUCACCCCUGCGAUGACACCUACUGUGGUCCCUUUCCUGAGUCUGAGCCUGAAGUAAAGGCAGUUGCUCAUUUUCUCCGCAAACAUCGGAAACAAAUAAAAGCCUAUUUGUCCUUCCAUGCAUAUGCGCAGAUGCUGCUGUACCCUUAUUCUUACAAAUAUGCAACUAUUCCAAACUUCAGCUGCGUGGAAUCAGCAGCCUAUAAUGCUGUUAACGCUCUUCAGUCAGCCUAUGGUAUAAGAUACAGAUACGGUCCUGCAUCUAGCACUUUGUAUGUGAGUUCUGGUAGCUCUAUGGACUGGGCCUACAAAAAUGGUAUCCCCUACGCAUUUGCGUUUGAGCUGCGUGACACCGGCCAUUUUGGAUUUUUACUUCCCGAGACGCUGAUCAAACCAACCUGCACAGAGACCAUGCUUGCAGUUAAAAAUAUAACUCUUCAUCUGCUGAAGAAAUGUCAUUGA